AACUUUAUUUUUUUUUAUCAAAUUUCAAAGAUCAGGUGUUUCAAAUCAGGCUUAGGUUUAAAAAAUAAUGGAGUUGGGGAUGAAGCUCUCAAGUUGAAUUUAGCACAUCAUUUCUUUCUCUACUCUGCUUUGUACAUACAUACAUAUCCUCUCUAUCAAUCUUGCUGAAUAGUUCAUAACAAGCAGUGGUUUCUUCUGUCCCUCGUCUUUCAAGGUGUUGCUAAAACCUGCAGGUCUCUUUUUUAUCAUCUGUUGCCUCUGUACUGCUAGCACUUGUUCAUUCGCUGUUUGGUUGCUAUGAGCCUGUAUGACCCACCUAUUUUACUUUUUGGAUGAAGAGUUAUCGUGAUAGGACUGAUACUUGUACGUAUCCUGAUAGAAGUUUUAUCGAGUCCCCCAAAGAUCAUCCGGGUUCGAAUAAUUUAGAACCCGGAACAAGCGAAAAUAAGCAUACCAAUACUUCUUCGUGGUCAGGAUUGCUGGUGUCUGCUUUCUCGAACUUUGAGAAGUAUAGUGCACCGAAACUUUUUACGAAGAGAGAAUCGAGUACUAAAAGGCAUGGUUGGACUGCAACAGUGAAAAGGGUAAUGGUUGGCGCGACAAUGAGAAGAUUUCAUGAACGCGUGUUAGGAUUAAACAAAAAUGGCAUUUCUAUCUCAAAUAGUGACAUUUGGCUUCUAGGAGUGUGUUACAGUCUCUCUAAUGAAGAUUCAUCUGCAGAUCCAAUUCAGAGCCAUGGAUUUGCUGCAUUUGUUGAAGACUUCGAAUCAAGGAUGUUAAUGACUUACCGUAAAGGGUUUGCUGCUAUUGGAGAAUCAAAAUAUACUAGUGAUGUAAACUGGGGUUGUAUGCUUCGAAGCAGUCAAAUGCUUGUAGCUCAGGCACUGGUUUUCCAUAGAUUGGGCAGAAAUUGGAGAAAAUCACUAGAGAAGCCACUGGAUAAAGACUAUAUUGAGAUCUUACACUACUUUGGUGAUUCUGAGGAAUCAGUGUUCUCUAUACACAACCUCAUUCAAGCUGGAAAACUCCUUUCUCCUGGAUGUUGGGUAGGCCCAUAUGCCAUGUGCCGCACAUGGGAAACUCUAGCACGCUGUAAAAUGGAUGAUACUGAACUUGAGAAUCAGUCAUUGCCAAUGGCUAUGUAUGUUGUUUCUGGUGAUGGAGAUGGUGAACGAGGGGGAGCUCCUGUUGUUUGCAUUGAAGAUGCAUCUAGACAUUGUCGUGAAUUUUCAGGAGGUCAAGUAGAUUGGAGUCCUAUUCUUUUGUUAGUUCCAUUGGUUUUAGGACUGGACAAAAUUAAUCCAAGGUACAUCCCGUUGUUAGCUGCAACAUUCACCUUCCCUCAAAGCCUUGGGAUCUUGGGUGGUAGACCUGGUGUGUCAACAUACAUUGUUGGUGUGCAAGAUGAAAAUGCCUUUUACCUUGACCCACAUGAAGUUAAACAGGUAGUUGAUAUCAAGCGAGAUAAUUUGGAAGCUGAUACUUCAUCUUACCAUUGCAAUGCCAUUCGACAAAUUUCUCUUGAAUUGAUUGAUCCAUCCUUGGCAAUUGGAUUUUACUGCAGAGGCAAAGAUGAUUUUGAUGAUUUCUGUUCCCGGGCCUCCGGUUUAGCAGCUCAGUCGAAUGGGGCACCAUUGUUCACUGUUGCUCAGUCUUGCAAUUCAAUGAAACCAGCACGUCACUGUGAGACAUCAUGUGACAGUGCCGAAGUUCAUGAUGAUGAUUCCUUUUCUGCAGUGCCUACAGCUGAUGCUGACAAUGGUGCACAAGAAGAUGAAUGGCAAAUCCUUUGAUGAAAUUGUUUUCUGGUUUUUCUAUGAACUCUACAUCUUUAGGAUUGUGACCUUGCACAUAAUAACUUAUCUGUUUUUACAUUUGUUUGUCCUCAAUAUGGCCUAAAAACCUCGUUCCUACACGACACUCAUAGUCCAAGACCAGUUAUAAAUUUCCCUGAUGCUGUGGUUGUGCUUCUAUUCAAUUAUAAUUGUAGCUUCAGUUAAUAGAAUCUAGAAAGUAUAUUUGUGUCGAAAUUUGAAGUCUGUUUUCUUUCCUCUUGUUUUGUUGCUUCGGAGGUUCACUUUUUUAGUUAGAACAAUCAUUGCAAAUGUAAACUACUGCAAUAUUACGAACCUUUUGUCCA